AUGGCCAAAAAGGCGGGUCUCACAGCUGAUCGCUGGCACUAUCGUCGUGAGGACUAACCAAAGCUGUACUCACCCUCUCUGCAGGCGACAUCAGGGGCGUCGUCGUCCUCGGCCGUAGCAACCGCCUCGCCAGCGGACACACCAGCUCGUCGGCCUCGAACAGAUGAGAACAUCUUUCUCUUUGUACCCAAUCUCAUUGGUACGUUCCGCACCAACCACCACGUACGAGGUCGUACACUCUGCCGCACGCCCAGCCACGCAUCCACUUGAGCGGUGCGGGCAGCCGAGCGGUGUGUGACGUCGUAUCGGCCAACAUGUGGCUCCUCCGCGAACAACGACGACCACAUCCCACACCCUCGGCACUCACAGUCGCAGUCGACUGACCCGUCUUUCGUCUCUACAGGUUACACAAGAGUCAUCCUCGCAGCGGCGUCAUUGACCUACAUGCCAACGCACCCCAAAUUCUGCACGGUCGCCUACUCCAUCUCGUGCUUGCUCGAUGCCGUCGACGGUCAGGCCGCACGCGCGCUCGGGCAGACAUCUCGCUUCGGGGCCAUCCUCGACAUGGUCACAGAUAGGUGCGUUGGAUCGUAGGCUGGAGUGGAGAGCGCCGGAGGCAAUACUAGGCACUGAUUCGACCCCGUUCUAUGGCUUCCUAUCGCUCGCACAGGUGCACGACCAGUUGCUUGCUCACUUUCCUCGCCUCCACCUACGAUCAAUACGCCCUCUUGUUCCAGUUCCUCAUUUCUCUCGAUUUUGCUAGUCACUACAUCCACAUGUAUGCGUAAGUUUGAGACGAUGCUCGCCCUCGCCGCCCCCGGUGCGUCCCGCUUUGGCAACUGAUCCAGUCCACUUCCCCGGCCACCUCCCUCCUCGAUGCAGCUCGCUCGUGUCAGGAUCAGCAAGCCACAAGUCCGUCACCAAGAAACAGAGCUGGAUCUUGCAUUCCUACUACAACAACAGCGUCAGUCGUGAUCUAGUUGGCCUCUCCCACUCACCCCCACUUUUUAGACUGAACCUUUGCCGAGCUACCGUCCUCCUCAGCGAACGCUCUUCUUCUUCUGCGCCGGAAACGAGCUCUUCUUCGUCGCGCUCUACGUCAUGAAUGCUUACAAGGUCCCUCUUGGCCUGGCACGCUACACCGGGUACCUCCCCUUGGCGGUGUGGAAGACGAUCCCCGGGCCGGUGCUGUCUCGCAUCGGCCUGCUCACCUGGCCUGAACUGGUCGCGCUGUUGACACUCCCCGUCAUGGCGAUCAAGCAAAUCAUCAACGUCGUACAGUUCUGGAAGGCGAGCAAAGUGCUCGUCGAGACCGACCAGGAGGAUCGAUGGGCCGCACAAAACAAGAAGCAGUGA